CAGGAAGGACGUCUGUUAGCAGGGGCUCACACUGAUCCAAGUUAGGAGCUCUCAGCUGCUAGCUUUGGCCCAUCAUGUAAGUGCCUGCCGAGGUUUCUUUGCAGAGCGCUUGCAGAAAUUCUCCCGUUUUCGUUGCGCUUUGCGAGGCGUGCAAUUGCAAUCCCAGCCUUUGCACGGAGAAGAGCGCACACGACGCCCAAAGGAUCCGAGUGCAUGAAGAUCGGGGCUUGUAUUUUGCACCUUUGUCGCAAAGCAAGCCCGCUUAAAGCCUCACUGCGAGGGCUAGAUGGAGGGAGGGAGCGACAAGGAAGGCAAAGUCUUUUGUGCUUCCCCUUCCCCCAACAAUCCGAAAGGGGAGAUGUCCGUGCCAAAACCAGCAGGUAAAAAGAAGCCACCUCUCCGGCUUCCAAGAGAGGCGUUUCUGAAACCACAGCCUGCACCUGCACCCCCGAGAGACCUGGACUCCAAAGCCUGUGUUACCAUUGGAGAAAAGAACUUUGUGGUGAAAGCAGAUGAUUUGGAGCAGAUUGGGGAGUUGGGACGAGGGGCUUAUGGAGUGGUGGACAAGAUGAGACACGUCCCCAGUGGCCUGAUAAUGGCAGUAAAGCGGAUCCGGGCCACAGUAAACACACAGGAGCAGAAACGACUGCUAAUGGAUCUGGACAUCUCAAUGAGAACAGUAGACUGCUUUUUCACUGUUACCUUCUAUGGGGCUCUCUUCAGAGAGGGUGACGUGUGGAUCUGCAUGGAGCUGAUGGACACCUCUCUGGAUAAGUUCUAUAAGCAGGUGCAUGAGAUGGGUAUGACCAUUCCAGAGGACAUCCUUGGCAAGAUCGCAGUCUCUAUCGUGAAAGCAUUGGAGCAUCUCCACAGCAACCUGCAAGUGAUACACAGAGAUGUGAAACCCUCUAAUGUCCUGAUAAACAUGCAGGGCCAGGUGAAAAUGUGUGAUUUUGGCAUCAGCGGGUACCUGGUGGAUUCGGUGGCAAAGACCAUGGAUGCUGGCUGUAAACCUUACAUGGCGCCUGAGAGAAUCAACCCAGAGACCAAUCAGAAAGGCUACAAUGUAAAGUCUGAUAUCUGGAGUUUAGGAAUCACAAUGAUUGAGCUGGCCAUUCUGCGGUUUCCCUAUGAGUCAUGGGGAACGCCAUUUCAGCAGCUCAAGCAGGUGGUGGAAGAGCCGUCACCCCAGCUGCCUGCAGACCGCUUCUCAGCCGAGUUUGUGGACUUCACGUCACAAUGCUUAAAGAAAAAUUCCAAAGAGCGGCCAAACUAUACAGAGCUAAUGCAACAUCCCUUCUUCACCCUCCAUGACUCCAAAGACACAGACGUGGCUUUCUUUGUCAAGAGCAUCCUCGGGGACUGAGAGCGUCCCUCUCGGCAAAACUGACGUAUUGCCGCGGGAGGAGGGAGAGAUGGGACUGUUUCAGGAAAAAAAACACCAAUAGCAAGACUAACACCUGUAAGACAUGCCCACCUCAGCUACCAGCAGUGCACAUGCACUCAAGAGGGGCUGGGGGACAGAAACUGAGGGGGGCAGGGUGUUUCUUAACAACACAUGGGAGUAGGGCAUGGGACGGGAAUCUUAGUACGUGUGUGCGCGCGCAUGUAUGCAUGUGCAAUUGUGUGUGUGUGUGUGUGUGUGUGUGUGUAUAUGUAUGUUUGAAUUUAAUGCCUGCCUGUAUGUGCAUACAUGUGCAUUUUUAAAAGGUUUUACAGUCCCAAAUCUGAAUUUCAUGUCAGUUAAUCUAUUGUUCAAUCGCAGUCAAAACUCCGCUUUACCUCUCAAUCCAAAAAGCAGUUUUAGAAUCAGGUGAAUCUGUUAUAGAUGUCUGUUGAGUUUUCCCCAGUGGCACUUCAGUGUUGAAGUUACCAACAACGUCCGGUUCCUCAAAAUAAAACGAAUUAAAAUAAAAAUAUAAAGUGAGUGGAAUAUAUAUUUAUCCAUUAUCUAGAUAUGUAUAUAUCCUCAAAGAUAUUUCUUGAAUUUGUUUAUUGAGCACAUAAGGAAAAUAUACACUGUUGGCUGCAAGGAGUGAUGACAAUAAUAAAAAAAAGAAAUAUGUAAAAAAAAAAAAAUGGAUGAAUGGAAUAUCAGAUCAGUUUGGAAAUGCUGUCAGAAUAGUAAGGGUUUAGGAACUAGGCCCACAAAGCUGUCCCUGCAUUACAUGCUAAAGGGGUAGUUCACCCAAAAAGGAAAAUUUGUUCAUUUAAUCACCCUGUUUUACAAAGCUGUGUGAUUUGCUCACUCUAGGAAAUGUUAGGCAGAAUCCUCUGUCUCAGUCAUCAUUCACUUUCAUUCUAUGGAAAAAAAAAACAGAAGAUCGAAAGCCACAGGUCUGGAACGAAAUGAGGGUGAGCAAAGGAUAACAGAAUUUUCAUUUUUGCUUGAACUGUCCCAUUAAUAGCCAGAAGUGGAGCUUUGCUUUACCUGCAAGGCCUAAAUGCAGUGGUUGGUAUCAAACACUGCUUUCCAAAUACCCUCCAUGAACUCUGUGUGAACGUAUGUGUGUGCUUUAUUUGCUACUUGUCUAUACCAAGGUAAUUUUGGGGCAAAAGAUAUCUUAGUCUGUUGGCUACAUCUGGUCCUCUCUGUUCUGAGCCAAUAAAAAAAGAAAAGAAAAAAAAAGAAUCUGACUAUUUUCAACUGCAAUCGAACUGGAAAUUAUUCUAUUAUUAUUACUAUCAUAUUAUUUUAUUAUUAUACACACUGCAUAUGUAUUACCGUAAUGAGGUGUUUUGCAGUUUCUGUACGUUGUGUUGUAACUGCUGUUUUUCUCAUUGGAAACUUGACAAUAUCUUUUUAAUUUUAAGAAUGUGUGCAGGUAUGAGUGUGUUUAAGUGAGAGCGUGAGCGUGUACAUGCAUGCAUGUGAGCGUUUUUAUAUAAGAGUCUGAACACACGUAGCUGACACUUUCAAAGCCUCACUGUGACUCGGAAGCCUGAUUUUGUGCCUCUCUAUAGAAAAAAAAAGCUAAAGAAUUCACCUACAGUACAUUAAAACAAACUACAAAACCCACGCUGCUUGUGUCACAAAGACAUGCUUUGCUUUCCUCAGGCUUUGGAUAGUGGUGAGGGGUCUGAUGCUUCGCUUUCUGGGCUUCUGGUUUUAAUCUCGUUAAAUUCUGUAAGAUGGAGAUGAUGUAUGCGUGCGUGUGUGUGUGAUCUUUUUUUUUUUUUUUUUUUGGUUGGUCUUUUUUGUCUUGUGACCACUGUACACAGAAUGGAUAACACUGCUGAUUUGCCUGUAAUCGUUAUAUUGUUUGAUUCAAACAUAAAAGUUCUCUUAUAUCUUCGCUGCUUCUUUUUGAUAUGGGCAAUAUGAUAAUGAAAUCAGUGUCAGUUUUUUGGGGCCAGUUCAACCUGAAGAUAUCCACUCCCGUGCAGUUUGGUUUGACAUGGUAUAGUAAAUCUAUAUGCAUUAUAUUUGUGUACAAUAGAAAUGUAUUUUCAAACUUCAGAAAAAGUUGGUUUAUCUGGGCAUAUCUUACAAAACCUGUCAAGAACAUAUUGAGGUUAAUGUUUCACCCUAAAUAAAUGUUUUUUUGUUUUCAAAAAUACUUUCAAUUGAAAAAAUAAAAGGAAAAAGAUUCUUUUGCUUUUUGACAUUUCAGCACAUUCCCCCCAGAAUUUGUAUUAAUGUCAAUAAACCUCAUUACUGAAAAAAAAAAUCUUACUGUAAUGCAAAUAGAAAUGUAAUAUUUAAAUAUAUUAUUUCAAAAUACAGUGCCAAGAAAAAGUAUGUGAACCCUUUGGAAAUAGCUGGUUUUCUGCAUUCCACCGCAUCUACCUGACAUUAUCCUGUAGCAUAUCUUGAUGCACUUUGGAAGUCAUUUUUCCCUCGAUGAUGGCAAGCGGCCCUGAAGCAGCAAAGCAGCCCAUAAUCAUGAUCCUCCCUCCACUGUACUUCACCGUUGCGAUGUUUUCAUGUUGGUAUGCGGUACCCUUUUCACGCAAUGCGUAGUGAUGUGUGUUCUUCCCAAACAAUUCAACCUUAGUUUCAUCAGUCCACAAAACAUUUUCCAAAUAACGUUUAGCAAACUUCAGGCCUUCAGCAAUGUUUUGUUGGAAAGCAGUGGAUUCCUUUGUGGUGUCCUACCAUGGACACCAUGCCUGUUUAAUGUUUUCCAUGUAGUAGACUCAUGAACCGAGACGUUAACCAGUUCCAAUGGUUCCUUCAAGUCUUUAGCUGUCAAUCAAGGGUUCUUUUUUACCUCACUGAACAUUCUGCGGCAUGCCCUUUGAGUCAUCUUUGGUUGGAUGGCCACUUCUAGGGAGCGUAUCCACAGUACUAAAUUUUCUGCAUUUAUAGGCAUCUUGUCUAUCUGUGGACAGAUGAAUAUCAGAACGGUUUGAGAUAUCUUUGUAACCCUUCCCAGCUUAAGUUCUUGAUUGUAGUUCUUAUAUCUUUCUUUUUUUGAUCCACAUCAGCAGAUGCUUCUUGUAAAUGGCAAACUCAAAACGUUUGUGCUUUUUAUAAAUCAAAAUAGCUCUAACCCACACCUACAAUAUCGUUUAAUUAAUUGGAUGCCAGGUUUGCAGACUCCUGACUAAUUAGCUAUCGUUGAUAUCAUUAGCCUAGAGGUUCACAUACUUUCUCCAACCUACACUGUGAAUGUUUGAUGUAUUUAAUAUGUACAAGAAAAAUACAUUAAUUUGUGUGUUAUUAGUUAAAACAGAUGAAGAUCAAGCCAAAUUUUAAUACAAAUGUAUACAUAAAUGCAGGUAAUCUUGACACUGUAUUUAUAUAUCAUGAUGUUAUUUGUACUGCUAUUAUGCGGGCUGAUUUAAAAAAAAAUUAUAUACUUAUAAAAAAUACUUCAUUACCAUAAUGAGAAUGUAUAGAGAAUAAUUAAAAAAUGUAAGGAACUCAAGUAAAAUGUUCGUACACAUUACAGUAAUGUUAAUUUCAUAGGGGUACUUGUCAUAAAAAAAAAUGUAUAUCUAUAUAUAAAAUAGGUUUCUAUGUAUGAUAUAUUUCUUAUUUAUUAGAAAAUUACAUUUUGAAAUGUGGCCUUGACAUGUUUUUUGAGAGUCAUCAAACUAACCAUUCAGGUUUUGUUAUCAAGAAUAUUGCAAGUAGAGUUUAAAUACAUAUGCAAAAAAUUUAAAAAUUAACGAGCACAGAAAUACUGAAAAAUGCAAGGACGAACUUCCAUCCAUCCAUCCAUCGUCAACCGCUUAUCCUGUGUACAAGGUCGCGAAGGACGAACUUGGCACUUCAAAAACCUUUCUAGGUGUUCUAGAAUCCAAAUCUUUCCACUCCGUCUGUUUCAUUCAUCCAAAUGAGCAUUCCCAGCCAUCAUUUUUUAAAGCAAUAGAUUAGCUAAGUGGACACCACCAUGGGAUGACCGUAACCAUGAUUACAUUUAGCACAAGCCCUUUUAAAAAGACAACGACUUGGCCUGUGGUACAAGAGCCUUUCCUCUUCAUUUUUCAUUCAUCCCAAUUUCUUCUCCCUUGAGUGAGGUUAUAUCAAUUCUUUGUCAUUUUAUGUCACCUUCUCUUUGCUGAAAGAUUUAGAGUUAGAAGAUUUAUCUGAUGACUUUAAUUUAUUUUUAUCAAACGUCUUGUGACUCACAUGUCCACCCUAAAAUGCUCUGUCAAGCUAUGAUCUUUUUCCAUUCAUUUACUCAUUGUGACGAGAAGUCAACCUGGGCGUUCGAGGAACAUCAUGCAAUUCUCCUCUUCACAAGUUGUCCCAUCCAAUAAAAUUAUUUUUAUAGGUGAUGCAUGCAAAAUGUGUGGAGUUUGAUAUUUAAGUUAGAUUUGAGACUCAGGUAACUUGUUUUAGGGUGAUUACAUUCAUUUAAAAAAUUUUUUUGCAAAGUUGUGCCAUACAUUCUGGUAUUACCUGUUUGGUUUUGCGCAUUGUUUCAGUAUACCUUUAAAUCUAGUUUUAGGUUCUUGAUUUGAGUUUAAUAAAACCUCUGUUUCAUAUGCAUUCAUUUUUAUGUUUCUUUUCGAGGGCCGUUUGCAUAUAUAUCCUUUAUUAAUGAAUGUAACAUCAGAUGAGAUGCAGAAAAUAGUUAUUUUAUCAGAUAUCCACAGGACAUCAUAUCAUUUGUAUGCUUUGUGUUUGACCCUUUAUGCCUGUGGGUUGUAUUUUCUUUCUGUCGUCUAUUCUUUGACAGGAAACUGGCUAGCUGCAUAUGCUGUAGACGUCAAAAAUUGUCUCAAAGAGGUGUGUUUACGUUUGAUUGUUAAUUAAAGGGUUACAGCCU